CCGCGCCGUGGUUGGCGCGAGACUGCAAUCCAUUAUAAUCGCAAUGGCUGCCCUCACACUACCGCGAUAUGUGCCGGGUGUUAAAAGAAAAUGCUUGGAACAGCUGCAAGGAUUUCUCCAGUGACCCUGUCAUCAAGGCCGCUUAUGUAGAAAUACGAGGACUUGUUCCAUCGAAGUAUGCAUAUUCCAAAGCAGCACAUCUUGAGGUACUCAUGGAACCCAUGGGUGGUAAGAUUUACAGAGCUCACCAGUGUGAACCAUCAUAUCUUACAUGGAACAAGAUCGAUGGCCUUAAUAAAGAAGAAUUCGAACCCCUACCUGAGACUGUUCUUAAUGACAUAAGAGCCUUUAGUACUUCCUGCAAUGCUGCACUUCAGACGGUUGUAUGCCUUAAAAAUGGAACUGGUGGCUGUGGGGAUCCCAGAUGGAGUGACAAAGGGGACAUUGAGAUCAGUUGGGACAGGGCUCAAAGAGGCAUCAAAAGAGCAUUUGUGAACAACAUGGCUAAUGGGACAGGCAGAGCAGGAUUACAGGUGUGGUUGCAGAAGUUAGUUGACAUACUGAACCUUACCCUCAUUGAUGUUAUGAACAUAGGACAUUCUUCAAAAAAUGAUGCCACUGGACGUAAAAUAUCUUUCAAGUUCUUUGAUCGUGGUGAUGGUGAAGAUUCUUCCCUCUCUGAUAAUUCUCCUCUUAAGUCAUCCCCAGCACGAUCAUCAUCACCAAGUUCAGAAUCUAAUACUGAUGUCAUUAAAACAUUUGUGCCAGACAUUGUAUUAUACUUAGAUACUGGACGAGCUGGGGGAUUUGUCAAAAUUUUCCUGAUUGCAUCUCUCAAGAAAGGCAGCAAACUAAUAGAUGUUGAGAAAAAAGAAUUUGUCCUUGAGCUUGUUUCACAUAUGACUUAUCAAAAUGAAGUGUAUGGCAUUCAGAUAUGUGCCAUGCAGGCUGAGGUAAUCCAUGUUAAACGAACCACUGAUGAAAUCUUAAUUUCCAAAAUAGCCGAAUACAAUUUCAGAGAAGGUGUUAAUUUCAAUAUUGACUCGUUUACUGCUUGCACCAAACUGUUGGGUCAGAUAAUCCUGAAAAUGAAUGUAUCAAAGGUUACCUAUGUUCCAUACAAGCAAAUGAAAAAUUCCCCAAAGCGAAUGAAGUGAGGGAUCUUUUUGUCCAUUUUUAGCUCACCUCUUAGCAGAGGUGAGCUUAUCCCAUACCGUGGCGUCCGUCGUCCGUCGUCGUCGUCGUCGUCGUCGUCGUCGUCCGUCGUCGUCCGUCGUCCGUUAGCAGGGCACGUUUCGUAACUGUUAGAGCUAUUGAGUUGAAACUUGGUACACAUGUACCCUUAUGUAAUGACACCUGGGAGACCAAGUUUCGGUCCGAUUCGUUUCAUGGUUUGGCCACCAGGGGGCCAAACGUUAAAAGUGAAAAUAUGCAAUAUCUCCCUUAAUAGUAGUCGGGAAAUUUUGAAAAAAAUAUGGUAGGUACUUCUAGCAAUGGUGCAUCAUAUAUCCUCCGGGUUUUUGAUUUGACCUCCUUUUCAAGGUCACAGAGGUCAAAUGGUGUAAAUUGGCCGUUAGGAUGUAACGAUGGCACGUUUCUAAACUGCAAUGACUAUUGAUACCAAAUUUGGUACACAUUUACCCCUUAGUCAGGUGAUCUCAGGGACCGAAGUUUGGUCCAAUAUGAUUCACCACUUGACCACCAGGGGGCAAAAUCCAAAAACCUUAAAAAUGUGAUUAUUCCUUAACUUCUUGCCCGAUUGCCACCAAUUUGAUAUCAUGGGUACAUCUAACCACCAUACAGUAUAUGUCACACAGGUUUUUAAUUUGACCUUCUUGUCAAGGUCACAGAGGUCAAAUGGUGUAAAUUGGCCGUUAGGAUGUAACGAUGGCACGUUUUUAAACUGCAAUGACUAUUGAUACCAAAUUUGGUACACAUUUACCCCUUAGUCAGGUGAUCUCAGGGACCGAAGUUUGGUCCAAUAUGAUUCACCACUUGACCACCAGGGGGCAAAAUCCAAAAACCUUAAAAAUGUGAUUAUUCCUUAACUUCUUGCCCGAUUGCCACCAAUUUGAUAUCAUGGGUACAUCUAACCACCAUACAGUAUAUGUCACACAGGUUUUUAAUUUGACCUUCUUGUCAAGGUCACAGAGGUCAAAUGGCCUAAAUUCGCCGUCAGGCCGUAACUAUGACACGUUUCUUAACUGCAAUGACUAUUGAUCACAAAUUAAGUACACAUGUACCCCUUGGUCAGGUGAUCUCAGGUACCGAAGUUUGGUGCGAUCUGAUUUGCCGUUUGGCCUCCAGGGAGAGGGCCAAAUCCUAAAUUCUUCAAAAUGCCAUUAUUCCUAGUAAUGACUUGCCCGAUUGGCACCAAUUUUAUAUCAUAGGUACAUCUAAUUCUAACAACCAUUCAAUGUGUCACCCGGGUCUUCUUUGAUUUGACCUGCUUUUCAAGGUCACAGAGGUCGAAUGUACUGUAAAUUGGCCAUUUUGGGGAAAUUGUAAUUGCUUGGACCUACAUCAAACCUAACACUACAUGACACAAGACCAUGCUCUUUAUCCAUCUUUCCUCCACAUGAGGUGAGCACAAUGGCCCUGGCCAUUUCAUUGAAAAUGUUGAAACCCAGCCUGCAGUCCAAAAUCUCAACCUUUCACCCCAACCCCUAGUAUCUAUGUAUUUGCCAAAUACAUAGAUACUAGGGGUUGGGGUGAAAGGUUGAGUUGCAAAUUGCAGUGCAUGAGCAACUUUUAAAGAUGUGGAAUGCUAUUGGCACAGUCCUAAGUCAUGAGGCUAGCAUUUAGCUAAAUACCCUCAACCAUGACACGGAAUUUUGGCUCGAUCAGACAUCCAAUAUGGCCGCCAGGCCAAUUUCACUUUGGCUUAUAACUCAUUUAUCAUGUAAGUCAUGAUGUUCUAGGCUUGUUUGCCUUGAUCUGAUAUACAAAAUGGCUGCCAGGUGGCCAUCCUGAAAUCUUGUCUAUCCUUCAUUUUUGAGCAGAAAUGUCAGUUGUCGCGAGGUGAGCACAUGGUCCCUGUACCAUUUCAUUUCCUCAGAUUCAUCAACUCAGAGCUUUCAGCUACCCUCGGUGAAUGUGUUGGUGAUUACUCAGAAUGUUUUUAUGUCUGAGAAAUCCAUUUUAAACAACCAGUAUCUGUGCUUGGUUAUAAGAGCAUGCGCUUAUAGAUGAGAAAAAUGCAUAUGCAGAGAAGUACGGAAUAAACUCCCCAAACGUGUAUAUUAUUAGCUUAUUCCUACAUGUCCUACGUAUAUGAUGUACAGAAUUCGAGUUUGUAUUCAAAUAUCGUUAUGCACCGCUACCGUGCAUCAUUUACUAUGCAUAAAUUAGAGCCUGAGCUGCAUCUAUAACGGGAAGUCACUGCGCCUAUAUUUGGAACACCACGGUCAGUAAAAUUAUCAGCGCAUGCGCUUAAAAGUAUAGGUGGGAAAAGUAUAGGUGGCAAAACAGCCCCAAAACACUCAGUUUUCGUUUAUAAGCGCAUGCGUUUAUAUUCGCGCUUAUACGGUAAGUUGGUUUACCCUAUGAUGAAAUGAAUGAAUUCGAUUGAUGAUUGAUUGAUUGAUUGUCAAGGUCAUUCUACAGAAAAUAUCAUCUUUUUAUGAUCACAAUUUUUGAAGAAUGACCCAUUAAUGAAUCAAUUAGGCCUACUGGUAUUUUUUGAUUGGCUUAUGCUUUUAGAUUUUUCCUUGUUUUGUAAAUGAUGUACCGUCACCAUUUAUGUAUAAACAUGCAUUUAACCCAAAUUACUAUGCGACAGUUGUCACCUGUACACCUUUAACCUUUGUCUUAAUCAAGCUUAACCAACAUUCCCUUCACAAUGGACUCAUACACUUUUGUGUCAGAUCAAUUUAGGCGAUAAUGUACCCCUUUUUAAUUUCUAACAAUGAUUUGAAACUUGAUUACAACACAGUUUAAGGUGUAUGGGUGUCCACUCUAUACUAGUAUUAUGUAUCUUAUGGUAUAUGUUCUGUUACUUUGAUAUCUUGUUAUUCUUGUAUUUGAAUUCCAUAUCCCUAGGGAGUGGACAAAAAUUGCAGUUCAGACCAUUUUGGCCUCUGUUUUCAACGAUGACAGUUCCUUUUGAUCAGGCAUCGCCACAUCGCCACAGGUCUCUUGAUAUUAGCUAUCCCUGCUGAAAUGAACUCUUUGAACCAUAUCUGGGCAGAAUAGAUUCUUCGACGAAAAUGCUUCGGGGCUUUCAGCAAUUAAAGGUCUUUAAACACUAUUGCAUUUUCACCCUCGGGGGGGGGGGGGGGGUGUCCAUUACCUGUUGUGAUUGAGCAAUGUGGCACAUAGUAACUAAAGGAAAUGGGCUGCAGGAACUUGAAAACGCUUCAGUGUGUGAAGACAUUUGAUAAGAAAUCAUUCAAAAUGGUCGUUGACAGCGGCAAACAAUGUAACCACCACUGGUCACCACCAAAGCGAUCUAGCUAAUAGGCCAGUCACAGCAUGAUCACAGUGAGUGGUCUCUCAGUGCAGUGGGCUACAGCGCGAAGUUCUGCAUAUUUCCAGUUGCGCGACCAGUUUAGUUGGAAAAAAAGCAAGCCAUCCUUUGUGGUACAAAUGUAUUAAAAUGUAUUUUGUCUUCUAAUAAAUUGUGCUCUUGUAGCUGCGUAUUCAAACUGCUGUUGUGGUUGCUCU